AUUUUGGGCAUCGACGAGCUAUUUCAGAAAUCAACUUGAAGUUGAAUAGAUCUUCUUUCUGGACAAAAUGUCCAACAUUGUGUUGUGCUCGCAUUCGACAGAGGCAGAGCCAGAUCCUGAACAAGUACGCUGGUUAGAGACUGAAUUUCGCUGCCAACAUAAAGCCAAACCAAGAACAGCAACAGCUGAUCAACGCAGGGGGUCAAAGAACACAUCUUGUCCAGCGGGCCUGAUUAUUGUUGUGAAAGUCAGCACCUUUGAAAGGUCAGACGGGAGAGUAAGGAAGUGCGGGUAGCCCAUGUACAUGUAAACAUCAAUACCUACAUGUAGUUGUCAAGAAGUUCAACAUCCAUUGCUGCUGGAACUUCAUUUCUGCCAAUGAUGUACCAGUGAGGAAACUGUUGUACUUAACAUACAAGGUGGCCACAGGCUGUGCAAAUGCCCCAGAAGAAUGGUUUAUCUCUUUGAACCAUCAAAGUGGACCAAAACAAGCAGAAACCAACUUGAUAAUGGAGUCCAUAAGCAAUACAACUUAUGAAAAUGAUGGUAUUGAUGAACACAGCAUGGACUCGAUGAACGAUGGGGAAAACAGAAAUGAAGGAGCUGUCUGCACAGAUGUUGAGAUUUCAGACAAUGGACACGAUGAGAUUUCAGACAAUGGACACGAUGCUGUUACGAAUCCAUGGCUAGCAAGUUUACACUUGCAAUGCUCUCUUCAAAACCAAUUUGAUACACGCGGUUGCACAUCAAAAUGAAGUGCUGAGAACGGAAGUGACCCAAUACUCAAUGAGCUAAACAAGGGAUUUCUUGCUUUACAGCAAAGCUACAUAGGAGACUAAGAAUUCCUUGGAGGACCAGUACAUAAAUUCACCAAGAAACUUCUGAAACUAAAUUCUGGAACAAAUACUGGGUUAGCUUCCAUGCUUGAACCCCCAUUCCACAGAGAACAAGACCGCUGUAAGACCUCAA